GAGGUUGGUAUUAGCUUGCUUUGAUGGUCAAGUGGCGCAAAGUUGGAUAAUAUAGAAGUACUAUCAUAUUCUUGAGAAUUGUUUAGAAUGCUGUGGAGUACUCCGAUUUCCCUUCAUGAGUAAAUUUAGGAAACGAAGUUGUGAUUUGAUGGAGUUGUAUUUCCUUUGGUGAAGUUGUAUUUCCUUCUUGGUAUUCUCGUGUGGAGGAUGAUAUGCAGAUGGAUCAUGAACGGAGCCCUUGAAGAGUUGGUAUUAAUGGUCCAAGAGUUAUUCGUCGGCUGAGUGGGCAGCAAAAACAACAAAAGGGAAGUGAACGUUUUAAGAAGAGACUGAACAGAAAUGUACAAGGGAAGCCCGAAGAUGCGGAAACGAAGCCCGUCGGGUGCGAACACUGCGGCGGCGACAAGAUGCAGACGACCGACGCGAGCCCGGCGGAGGCCGACGCGGCCAGGGGCACCACGACCGAGUUCCCGCCCGUCUCCGACCAGUUCUUGGCGCUCGUCGUCCAGGAGGUGCUGAAGAAGCUGACGGCGUCUUCCAGCACGGAAGGCGCGCCCACGACGGCCGAUCCCACAGAGACGAAGGCGAAACAUUGGGGGUCCGGCCCAAUGCACGGCCCCAACCCGCGCCCGGUCCGUCCGCCCUACCGCCCGCCUCCGUUCGCAGAAGAGCGCCCGCGCCCCAUGUACAACCACAACGAGCCGUACCACCCGCCUCUGGAGGACCACCACGUGGUGCUGAGCCUGGCGGCGCUGUGCGCGUGCGACUCGCAGUCGCAGGCGCCGGCCCAGUCGCAGGCGGCGCAGUCGCAGGCGCAGUCGCAGUCGCAAGAGCCCGCUGACGCCGAGGCGUCGGCGUCCAGCCCCAAGACGAAGCGCACGGCGUCGCACGGGCUGGGCGGAGCGUCACUCGGCCACUCGGGCUUCAGCUACGGCCUGGGCGGCUUCCAGGGCCUGGGCUCCAGCCCGCUGCAGCUGUACGGCGGCGGCCUCGGCGGCGGGCUCGGCGGCGGCCACGGGCUGGGCGGCGGCGGCGGCUUCAACUCCGCGCUGCUGUUCCAGAGCGCCUCUGGCGGACACGGAGGCUUCGGAGGUCUGGGCGGUCACGGCGGCCUGCUGAGCUUCGGCGGCGGGCACGGCGGGCUGGUGGCGGCGCCCAGCAUGGCGCUGCCCCUCGGGGGUCUGGGCCAGGGCGGCGGGCUGUCCCUGGGCGGGCACGGCGGAGGGCUGUCGCUGGGCGGCCUGGGCCUGGCCGGGCUCGGCGGGCUGGGCGGCGGCUUCGGAGGCGGCCACGGCGGCGGCGGCGCGAGCCAGCUCGCUCUGGCCGUGCCCGUGCAGUUCGGCACCGGCUCCAAGCUCGGACCGGUGACGUUCGGGCUCCACGGAGGCGGCGUGGGCGCGGCGCCCGCCGCCGCGGCGCUGCCCCUCCAGGCGUACGCCGCCCCGUCGCCGGCCGUCGCGUCCGCCGCCCUCGCCAGCGCCUACCUGGGCGGCGGCGGCGGCAAGUCCCUGGUGUCGCCGGGCGGCUACAGCGGGGUGAGCUCGGCCAGCCUGGGCUCCUACUCCGCCCCCAGCGCCGCCUACUCCGCCCCGUCUUCCUCCUCGUCGUCCGGCUCCUCCUCCUCGUCGUCGGGGUCCUCCUACUCGGCGCCGUCGUACGCGUCCGGCGGCUCCUACUCGUCGGGCGUGUCCUACGCCGCGCCCUCGUCCUCCUCCUAUUCGUCGGGCGGCUACUCCGGAGGCCCGUCCUACUCGUCGGGCAGUCUGCACGGAAGCUACUCCAGCCCCAGCUCGUCGUACAGCGCGCCCGCUGGCGAUUCCGGGUACUCGUCGGGGUCGUCCGGCUCGUCGUCUGGGUACAACACCAUCAGCUACAGCAAGCCGUACUCGCGUCGCAGCUACUGCUCUCAUCCUGAUUGUAAUUUGUUUUUCUUUUUGUUGAAUGAAGUUUCUCAUUUCCUUCCUGUCCUGUCAUUUCAUUUUGUAAUUUUCACGAGUCAUCUCAGAGUGAUACUUUUUAUAAUUUUUCCUGAACUUUAUACU